AUGGAGCAGACUACGCCGGAGAGACGUGUCCGCUUGGACAAGUUACCUGCUCCGCCCACCGAAGCCAGAAGUCCUCGUCGGAGUAGCCGCGUAAAGAAGAACCCUUCUAUCACACCGAACCGCUUCCACAAAUUCUUCCAUCCCAGACUACAAGACACCAAGAACAAGUCAGUCCGGACGUCUCGAAAAGCCUUGCAGAAGUUGUCCGCAGCAAACCUUAACAGCCGUCCCAAGGGCAACCAAGUCACAUUCGCAGCGGACGAGGGAGACGGACCGCCUGCAAAGAAGAGACGACUUUCCUUCAGCUCCAUACCCUCAAUUCCUUCUUCGCCGGUCACGAAAUCACCUGCCAACCGAGCUAAUGCACGGGAUACGGGAGGGGGCUCGAUAGGGAUAAAGGGCUCUGUCGGGACAUGCCUUGGGUUGAACGAGGACGACGACGCCGACGAAGAUGAGGACGAAGAAGAUGACGAGUAUUUGGGCGAACACGAAUUAGCAUAUCGGCCACGAACGACUAGGUACCCAUCUCUCAGCAGCUCUGCGGGUUACCUGUCCAGGCAAAUAGGUGCUAGAGGGUUUCUUCGGCAGGCCAACGACAGCAAACUGUGGCAGCAUGAGACGGGAAGCUUCUAUACCCUUCCAGACGACGUCUUCACCAACUCUACCAACACCACACGGGAACGAUCAUUGCCCUUCUGCGCGACGAGCUUCCAUCAGCAAGAGUCUGUCGCUAUUGGGAACGAAGAUGGCCAAAUCGAGAUAUACCGAGCGUGGCCACAUGUGGAGGGUUAUGAUGGCUCUCUCAAGUUCGAAGGUCGAAUGAUCCCUCACGACAACGCCAUCAUGGAUAUGCAGUUUUCGCCAGACGACCAUUUCCUCGCUACGGCGUCCGGGGACCAGACCUGCCGUAUCAUCGACAUGAACACCCGUACCGGCACGCAUACGCUGGUUGGCCAUGUUGGCUCUAUCAAAAAUGUGCGAUGGCAACCUGCUUCGGGCAACAAGAUACUGGCGACGUGUUCUCGAGACGGAAGCGUGUGUCUGUGGGAUCUACGCUGUGCACAAAACGCCUUGGGAUCGUUAAAGGUGAAGCCCCUGACGCGCUCACCGCACUUUCUCAAUAACAGCAGAGAAGUCGAACCUCAAACCGAGAUUGUCGGCGCGCAUACGCCCUGGGACAAGGUCAAGCUGAUGAACAGCAAGCGUCCGUCUGUUCCAUUAUCUUCGAAAGCCGACUUUGCAGUUACAGCCUGCGCAUUUAUUAGCAACACUCGUCCGCAUAUGUUGGCGACGGCUUCCGAGCACAACGCUAUCAUCAAGCUAUGGGACCUGCGAGCGUCGUACAAGCAGCGAUCAGGUCGACCAACUCCUGUUUCAGCGACAGCAGAGCCCAAGAGUCACGAGCUUACCCGGCCCUUCGGCGUCACGUCCAUAGUGAUGAGCACGGAUGGCUCAAGACUCUACACUCUUUGCCGGGACAAUACCAUCUAUGCUUACUCCACCGCCCAUCUUGUCCUUGGCGGCUCACCAGAAAUGAAUUUAUCCUCAAUCCAAGCGAUCAAAGGCUCUCGCAGCGCUGGCGCGGGCCUGGGUCCAUUGUAUGGCUUCCGCCACGAGAAACUGCGCCUCGGGUCAUUCUACGAUAAACUUUCCCUACGCCCUAAGACAGACGAGCACACGGAACUGCUGGCUGCAGGCACAGGCGAGGAUUGCGCCGUCCUCUUCCCCACCGACGAACGAUACCUCGCGAAAGCUGCUCGAACACCUUUCUCAACCACCGCCUCAAGUGCAUCAAACCACCUCCCCCACCCUUCUCUCGCACAACGCGCUGCUGCCUCGAGAAAGCCGACUUCUUUUACCUACAGCACUGCCUUGCACAGCAGCGAUCCAGGGGCCACGCCUAUGUAUUACCAUGGCACUCCCCUCAUCAACGGCCACAGGAAGGAAGUCACCUGCUGCGCGUGGAUCCCAGGCAAUGGGCAACUCGUCACCAUAGCGGACGAUUACGUCGCCCGAUGCUGGUAUGAGGAUGACCUCACUAAAGCACGAGAGCUGAGGUCGAACACGGGACGCGACGUGGCGCGGGUGAAAAGCGGAUGGGCGGCCGUUGUAGCAGGAUGGGAUGAGGAGGACUAG